UGUAAGCGACACUGUUGUAGAAAGAGUCACCCGCCUCCUGCUGCCUGGGCUGCCAGAUGUGUUUGGGCUUCCUUGGAGACCAGAGUGCAGAGAGGAUUGGGCAGACAUGGAGCCAAAGCGCGUCAGAGAAGGCUACCUCGUGAAAAAGGGGAGCAUGUUUAAUACCUGGAAGGCCAUGUGGGUCGUCCUACUCGAAGACGGGAUUGAAUUCUAUAAGAAGAAAAGUGACAACAGUCCUAAAGGAAUGAUUCCUUUAAAAGGGAGCAGUCUGCAAAGCCCCUGCCAGGAGUUUGGUAAAAGAAUGUUCGUUUUUAAGCUCUCCAUGCCCAAGCAGCAGGACCACUUCUUCCAAGCUGCAUACCUGGAGGAAAGAGAUAGUUGGGUGAGAGACAUUAAGAAGGCAAUGAAAUGCAUUGAAGGAGGCCAGAGAUUUGCCAGAAAAUCCACGAGAAGAUCCAUCCGGCUGCCAGAAACAGUUGACUUGAGUGCCCUGUAUUUGUCCAUGAAGGAUGCUGACAAAGGAGUGAAAGAAAUGAAACUGGAGAAGGAAAAGAAGGUGUUCAAUCAUUGCUUUACAGGUAACUGUGUGAUUGAUUGGCUGCUAUCGAACAAUUCUGUCCGGAAUCGCCAGGAGGGGCUCAUGAUAGCAUCUUCCUUGCUCAGUGAAGGCUUUCUGCAGCCCGCUGGGGAUCUGUCCAAGAAUGCAGCUGAGGGGACUGCAGGAAACCCUUUCCUAGAUAACCCGGAUGCCUUGUACUACUUUACUGAUAGCGGGUUCUUCUGCGAAGAUAAUUCAAGUGAUGAUGAUGUGGUCCUGAAAGAAGAAUUCAGAGGAGCUAUCAUCAAGCAGGGAUGUUUACUGAAGCAGGGACAUCGGCGGAAAAACUGGAAAGUGAGAAAGUUUGUCCUGAGGGAGGAUCCUGCGUAUCUGCACUACUACGAUCCGGCGGGGGGAGAAGAUCCCCUUGGAGCAAUUCACUUGAGAGGAUGUGUGGUAACUGCGGUGGAAGACUCUCCAGAUGCCAAGAAGAAUGAGGACGGCAACUUGUUCGAGAUCAUCACAGCCAGCGAGGUUCAUUAUUUCGUACAAGCGGCCACCCCCAAGGAGCGCACAGAGUGGAUUAAAGCCAUCCAGGCUGUGGCUCGGACAGGGAAAUGAACUUUUGAGCCAUUUGCCCCAAGGAAUUUCUGUCAUAUCCCCCAAACAAGCUCUCUCCCAAGAUCAGCCAUGAAAAUGGGGGCAGAAUUUCCAUGGCAAUUCUGAAUAUAAGCAACGGAUUCUCAGGAGUGGAGGAGAAUGUUUACUACCCAGUACCUGUCACCCCUCCUACUUAGACAGUGAGCCCUAUAUGGGAAAGGGACUGUGUCCAGCCUAUUUAACUUGUAUCUAGCUCAAUGCUUAGAACAGUGCUUGUCACUGUUCUUAACUGCUCUUAACAAGUACCAUAAUUACUAUUAUUGACGAUUUGAAUGGCCUAGCAAGUUUUCUGAUCUACAGCAUUGCUUCCUUUUAUUUCUUUAUCUUCACCAGCAUAUCUUGUAAAGAUGUAUCUGAGUAAAGUCAAUAAUUUAUGUUCUUUUCCACUGUAAAUUUUUUUAAUAUCCUAUCUGUGCUGGGCCACAACAUUCAGUUGUCUUUAAGUGUGCUAGCCUCAGUGAGGAUGUUUCUCACUAAGGCAGCCUAGCAAUGGAGUGCAAGUAUUUUUGAGACCCCACCCUGCUUACUAGAAGACACAAAGUAGUUAAAUGAAUGGCAUUGAUGUAUUUGCUUGGGAAAGUGGUUACUUGUAAGGCCCUGCUAAAGUGACUGCCUUUCUUAGUCCAAUGGCUCUAGGUUUUUUUUGGAAUAGAUUCUGCACAUGUUUGAACUAUUUGAACAAGCCAGACUAUCUUUUCUGCCUCCUUCAAAGUGUCCUUUUUAUUUAAAAAUAGGCUAGUCAUGGGAUCUUUUUCUUGCUAUGCUUAUUCAGAGGUCUUUUCUGACCUCCAAAGCCUCAGGUAGGUGGAGAUCUGCCCAGCAGCCCUGGUGCUAAAUAAAGUGGAAUUCUCAUCCUCUUCCCCCUU